AUGCCCGAACCCGACGCUGACCUCUCCGAACAACUAAAGCGCGCCCUCUGGCUGCACAUCGGCCGCCUCGUCGACGCACAAACUCUCGAGCUCGGCGUGAACGCCACACCGCAGUUCAUCGCCGCGCUGAUGGAAGCCACGUACGCGCAGAUCGUGAAUGCCGGGCGCGAUCUGGAAAGCUUUGCGCAGCAUGCCGGCCGGGAGCGCGUGCAGGUGCAGGAUGUGCUGUUGUUGGGCCGGCGGAAUGAGGGCUUGUUGGGCGUGCUGGAGGAGAAGGCUGAGGAGGUGAAGAGGGGGAAGGCGAAGGCGCAGGAGAAGGAAGGGCGGUGA